AUGAGCAACCAGAACACACGGCGGAAGAAGCAGAAACAGACGCCGGAGUCGCAGUUCCGGUGUACACUGGAUCAGUGUUCCAAAUCGAAGGACCUCUCCGCCGCCAUCACUCUCUACGAAUCCUCCUCAAAUCCAACCAUCACUCUCAACAAUCUCAAUUCCUUGCUAUACAUUUGCUCCGAAGCCCUUUCCAAUUCAAAUACCCGACAAUCCGCAAUUGACUUCGGAUUCAAGCUGUUCCGCAACCACAGCAAUGAAAACCUCAAGCCAAACGAGGCUACGCUCACAGCCGUGGCUCGGUUGGCGGCGGCGAACGGAGACGGAGACUACGCGUUCGACCUCGCGAAAAGCGUGAUGAAACAAUGUGCAGCGCCGAAGCUUAGGACUUUCACACCGGCGUUGAAUUGCUUUUGCGGCGCCGGAGCGGCGGAUAAGGCUUAUGAAGUGGAGGAGCAUGUGGUAUCGGCGGGGCCUCAGAUGGAACGUGCCCUGCCUGCCAUGAACACCAUUGAAAGAGAACAUCAGCCAAAUUUUAAGGAGUUCAAGGAGUGGCUGGAGCAACAUUCUGAAUAUGAAACUCUGGUAGACGGAGCAAAUAUUGGGUUAUACCAGCAAAACUUUGCACAUGGUGGCUUUAGUAUUACGCAGCUUGAUGCCGUUGUGAAAGAAGUUCAUAGAAAGACACAACAACAGCCACUUGUUGUGUUGCAUAGAAAACGUGUGCUCUUACUACUCGAGAAUGCCGAUGAACAGGCAGGUAAUUGGAGUUGGAAAGAAGGUGAAAUCAAAUAG